CACUCUUUAUAUCUCUCAACGACCAAGGCAUAUCGAGAAAAAAAACAAAGACACACAGAUCAUCAAUCUUCGAACUCGAGUUUUCUCAAGUGUGUUAGAAACUAAACUAAAACCAUGUCUUGUUCUGUCGCUGUCUGCAACUCCCCGGUGUUCUCUCCGUCGUCGUCUCUCUUCUGCAACAACAAAGCUUCUAUACUCUCUUCUCCUCAAGAAACCAUCUCUCUCACUCUCUCUCAUCUCAAACCCUCCGCUUCAUCUCCCUCCUCUCCUUCCGCCGCCGCCGCUUCCCCUAAAUCUCCGUUCCGUCUCCGUUUCCAGAAACCGCCGAUCGGAUUCGCUCCUGCGCCGUUGGUGUUAGGAGGAUCAGACUCUGUCUCCGCUUCCUCCUGUGCCGGCCAGUCUCCUUCCGCUCUGAAGAGGAAACGACCGACGAGGCUCGAUAUACCGACUGGCGCCGCCGGUUUCGCGGUUUCGGCGUCGGAGGAGAGUAGAGAGGUGGAGAGGGAAGGCGAUGGUUACUCUGUUUAUUGCAAGAGAGGAAGGAGAGAAGCUAUGGAGGAUCGCUUCUCCGCUUUAACCAAUCUCCGAGGAGAUCGCAAGCAGGCGAUGUUCGGAGUUUACGAUGGCCACGGAGGAGUCAGAGCGGCUGAGUUCGCGGCCAAGAAUUUGGAUAAGAACGUUUUGGAAGAGGUAAGUGGUAAGAGCGACGAGUCUGAGAUCGCGGACGCGGUGAAACGCGGUUACUUGACCACGGACGCUGCGUUUCUCAGCGGGGAAGACGUUAAAGGCGGUUCCUGCUGCGUCACGGCUUUGGUCAGAGACGGGAACCUCGUCGUGUCCAAUGCCGGUGAUUGUCGCGCCGUCGUGAGCGUAGGAGGCGUCGCGGAGGCUCUUUCUUCCGACCACCGUCCGUCUAGAGACGAUGAACGGGAAAGAAUCGAAACCACGGGUGGAUAUGUGGAUACGUUUCACGGUGUUUGGAGGAUUCAAGGGUCUUUGGCUGUGUCAAGAGGGAUCGGUGAUGCUCAUCUCAAGAAAUGGGUUAUAUCCGAGCCAGAGACAAAGAUGUUGAGAAUCGAUCAGGACCACGAGUUCUUGAUCUUGGCGUCCGACGGUCUAUGGGACAAAGUGAGUAACCAAGAAGCAGUAGACAUUGCUCGUCCCUUCUGUGUAGGAACCGAGAUAAAGCCGUUGUUGUUAGCCUGUAAGAAGCUGGUUGAUCUAUCGGCUUCACGAGGCUCAUCGGAUGAUAUUAGUGUCAUGUUGAUCCCUUUACGCCAGUUCAUUUAGAAAGAGAGUGGAGAGAGAUUCUUAGAGAUAGGAAUAUUUGGAGGGCUUCCUUUGAUUUAGCUUUUAUUUAGAAAUUCAAUAAUUCAUUUGUUUAUUCUUUCUAACAUAGUUAUGAACUCAAUGGGCCCAUGUACUUGUAUGAAUCGAGCAUUGGUCAGAUUUAAUCUAGUUAUCAGUUCGUGAUUA